AGUUAUGACGUCGAUCAACUGAACGAUAGUUCGACUUGGUGCAUGUCGAAAUUUGAUUACAGCAUGUCAAGCUUAGACGAGCGAGCUCCACUCUUUGGGCCCACGGGCAUUUCACCACCGACGCACAGAGGCCUCCUUGGCCCUGGCAUCGGCGACUCGCAAUCACACCGGGGCAGAAAACGCGUGGGAAUAGUAUGCCUCGUUCUCGUGAUUUUCCUGCAGGGUUUCAACAUCAACCCAGGCAAAAUCCGUUUUUCCCUCGCUCACUUCCUCCAUAUCGAAAACAAACAAUUCAGGCACGAUUUCGAGGGACUGACCGUGAUAGCUGCCGUACUGUUGUAUUUCCUGCCAAUGGUCGUCGGGUUGUAUGCAGACACAUAUGCCGGUAGAUACAAAGCUCUCUUCCUAGGCAUAGGUUUAAAGCUCACAGGAAGCAUUCUUGGUUUUAUUCUCCUUCUUGUGUUUGAGGCUGAACACGCUAAAGGAGGAGCUGGCGCCGAGUCUGUCCAUAUCAUGAGCCAAAGUGCGAUCAAAGCGUUAUUUGCCAUCUUCAUCGUGAGCAACGUGUUCACCAUGGUCGGCUUCGUCGUGAUUUUACCGUCAAUGUUGAGUUUUGCUGCCCAGCAAUUGGAACCCACCUUCUAUGGUAUAUCCUCAUUUGUACGAUGGUGAGACAUUUGACAGCAUUGGUGACGGCUAUUGGUGCGACAGCAUCAAACAUCCUUUGGAAGCUUUCGAAUCGCCCAGAUGUUUUACCCAUGACUUAUGAUUAUUACGAGACCAUACUCU